UUUGCCAGUUACUACAGGGUGUGCCCUUAACUUUAGCUGUUGAAAGGGGAUCGUAUUUAAUAUUUGCUUAGUUGGCUACUCUUGAGCAUCUGUGUGGUGGUGGAGCAUAGCUGAGUUACUGUCUGCAUUUCAGCUUUUCUCUGUUUUGUUCUACUCCCUAAAGAAAGAACUAAAAAUGGCAUCUCAAGGAAAGGGUUAUCGUGGCUAUGUGAAGGACUUUGUUCAUUUUGAUGCCAAGAAAGAUGCUGAUAUGCUGCGGAAGGCAAUGAAAGGGUUAGGUACUGAUGAAGAUACUGUUGUAAAAAUCCUCGCAUGCCGUAGCAAUGCACAGCGUCAGGACAUCAGUGCAGCUUUCAAGAAAGCAUAUGGCAGGGAUCUCGUAGAUGACUUAAAAUCUGAGCUAACUGGAAAACUUGAGAACCUCAUGGUUGCACUGAUGAAGACUCCUGUGUGCUAUGAUGCUCAUGAACUAAGGAAUGCCAUUAAGGGAGCGGGGACCUCUGAAAAUGUUUUGAUUGAAAUCCUUGCCUCUAGAACUAAGGAUGAGAUUGAGAACAUCAAAAAGACUUAUAAGAAAGAGUUUUCAACAGACUUGGAAUCGGCAAUAAUGGGAGAUACAUCGGGACACUUCCAAAGAAUGCUAGUUGUCCUCCUCCAGGCUGCUCGAGAUCAAAACCCCAGAGCUGAUGAAAACCUUGUUGAAAAAGAUGCCCGGGCUCUAUUUGAUGCUGGAGAAAAGAAAUGGGGAACAGAUGAAGACUUGUUUAUUAACAUCUUGGGAAAUCGAAGUGUGGCUCACCUGAGGAGAGUGUUUGAUGCAUACAUGAAAAUAGCUGGCUUUCAUAUUGAAGAGAGUAUUGAGCGUGAAACUACUGGGCAUAUGGAGAAAGUGCUGCUAGCCGUUGUGAAGUGUGUCAGAAAUGUCCCUGCUUAUUUUGCCGAAUGUCUUUACAAAGCCAUGAAGGGAGGUGGUACUGAUGAUGCUACUCUGACUAGAAUUGUGGUAUCCAGAUGUGAAGUUGAUAUGCUUGAUAUCCGAGAGGAGUUCAGGAAGAAUCAUGGUCAAUCCCUUUACAAUAUGAUUCAGAAUGAUACAUCUGGUGAUUAUAGAACUGCUCUACUUCUUCUCUGUGGUGGAAAAGAAGAUUAGAACACUCAAUGCCCAUAUGAAGAACUGCCUUGUGUUUUUAGUGUGCUCUGUGUUCAUGUAAUGUGCUAGCAGUUUACUGCAUAUUAGUACUUUGAAACUGCAGUGUUUAAGCUUGUAGUAUUGUCAUAUCUUAGCAAAUAUUUAUAAAAAUGUCAGCUUUUUGAUUAGAAGACUCCUGCACCAAACCAUGGUUGCGCUCUAGAAGUCAUGUGUAGUGCAAAAUUGUAAGAAGGAUGUUUACACAUUUCAUUGGCUGACAGGUGUACCUGAACUUGGAUACAUUUCUUAAAGGCCAUUAUCUUGUAAAAGCCAUCAUUUUUUUAUAUUUGUAUUAUUUGAGAAUAUUUGUGAUAGUUUUAGUAGGAUUCCUCUUCGUAAAAGAACAUGUGGUAAUUGAAUGCAGUAACCUUUUUGUUUACGUAAGCAAUGAAAGGUUACAACUUGUUAAUGUGGCUGUCUAGUAUUUCACUGUAUGGAAAGAUCUACAGAUAUCCAUGUAGUGAUGGUUCCUACAUAACCCAUCCACAUGUAAAAUUUAGCACAAAGCCACCACCUGUUACAGGUGUGCAGAGCAAUUAAUACCUCAUGACCCAUGUAGUUAAGAUGCACCCCAUGUUCUAUUCCAUCCAGAUCUGAAACCCACUAAUGUGAAACUCGACCUCAGUGAAAGGUAACUGGUAAAAGAAAAAAAAAAAAUCCCACAGAUUCUGAAAUUACUAGUUUAACUUCCUAAAAUUCCAAAGAGGCAAUCAGUCCUUUCCAGGUACAGCAUACUGUCUUUCCAGGCAAAGCAUGUGUUGUGAAGCUUAAACUGUUCAUAGCAACUUCAAGAUUUAUUGGUGUCCUUUAGAAGAAUAGCUCUCUGAUGAUAGAAUAGCUCUCUGAUGAUUAAAUGGGAUGCAACAGCCACUAAAUCUAAUUUGAAGGGCUAAAAGCAUUAAUGCACAAUAAUUGUUCCUGUGUUAAUUGGCAAUGGUUAGAAGGAAUCUCUUAAACACUUACCUUAAAGGAAGCCAAAGUAUAUACUGAGCAGCAUAGCAUUAGUAGGGGUCACUUCCCUACCACUUUCCCUACUUGCCUACUAAAAGUUUGGUUGUAGAAACUGGAUAUUCAGGGAAGGACGAUGGUUUGGGGAAACGUCAACCAGGAAAGAGGGUGGGAUAGGGAAGAAAAUGGCAAAAGAGCUUGUUGACAGUUUUCUGUAACGAGUGGAAAUAACUGCAUUUUUUAUGCAGUCUGUCCUGUGCCAUGUAGCAUGAAAAAUGCAUCCCUUUGCCAGCACUGUGCUUGUUCCACUGGUAUAUCUGAACAAGCAGAGAAACGAUGAUUGGGUACAAUUCUGUAUACUUCUGAAGGUCUGAGCAUGUCUUCCUGCUCUUUUCCUCUUGUUGCUGUUUUGGCAUUUGGGCUUCCUAUAACUACUGGUGUCUGUUCCAGUGACUCCUGUAAUACAAGUAAAGAAACAGAAGUGGUUAUAGUUGUAUGUUUAUUAAUGCUGCAAUAAGAAAUCUUAGAAAGAUCAGAACAAAAAGUGUUAUAUUAGACUGCCUUUACUAACUGCAAAAAUUCUGAAAAAAGGAAGCAUCUACUCACUGAAUAUAACUUGGUGCAUCUAAUAAAAUUUAUACUGGUGUAUCCAUAUACAUGUAUCCCUUAGGGUAGUGUAAAAUGUUAACAUCUGUUGUGGGUCUGCUACCUGACCUUUCACAUUCAUAAGGCCAGACUUUUUGUUGCACCCUGUUGCUGUUGAGUAUAAACUGGCAGGCUAAGUUUGGCCCAUCACAUGACAGCUUUUCUGUUUGCCCGGUUGCCUUCUAAAACUGUUGCUGCCAUCUGUAAGUCUGUAAGGCAUCACAAAUGCCACUUGCCCCUUGUUGGAUCUCCUUUACUAUGUAGUUUUUCAAGAGUUUAACUCCUUCCCCAUGUCUGCAUAGGUUCUCUGAAUGAAAGUUUUUCUUUUUUCCUGAAGGGACAGAAUUUUAGUUGGUAUUUCACUGAGUCUCUGUCUUCCGUAAUAAUCUGGAAAGCCCAGGGUGUAAGGUCCAAGUCCAGGCCUGGGGAAAAUGGAUCCGGUUUUAAUUGUUCAAAUCCAUUUGCUGGAAAGAUGGAAUGCAAAUGAAGUCAGUGAAGUAUGAUGCUGAAGCGGCAUUAGUAAUAUACUGAUUAUUUUUUUGUAAUCUGUGUACUGUAUGAGAGAAACCAGCAGACGUUCAGAAUGCUAGGCAUAUGAAAGUAAGUUAAAUCUUUCAAACCAGAUUAUGUUGGUGCUACUAAAGUAUUGUUGGAAAUAUUGCAUGAAAUGUCACAGUUUCAGAAAAUUGGAAAUAAAAUACUUUUCUGACCUUG